CUCCCCAGGGAAGGCCUCGGCGCUCAAACCUGCGCGCGAGGCAGCGCUCGCGCUCGCCCCGGCCUAUCAGCGCCCAGCAGAGCUACGACGCGCCAGCGCCAGCGCCUCGCCCAAUCACCGACUCCUCGCUCGACCGUUAGCCGUGACGUCACUUCCGCGUCCCGCCGCUUCCCGGCGGCCACGUGAACGGGAGGGGCGUGGCGGAAGGCGCAGUCACGGGGCGGGCAGCCCAGCGGGGCCGCUUCUCUGUUCCCCCGGCGGCAGUGGGACGCCCCACGGGAUCGGCCCAAUGGCGGCGUUGGUGCGGGCGACGGGGCGAGCCAUGCUAGCCCCGGCAGCGUCCCUGCUCCAGGCCGAGCGAAGCGUUAGCGGUGGCGGUGCGCGUUGGGGGCCUGUACGGCCUGGUCUCCCCGUGCCCCUUUCCUCGCCCCUGGCAGGGCUCACUCGGGCCAUCCGCAUCAAGGAGCCCCCGAAGCCUAAGCAGGUGGAUCGGUGGACAAAAAAACGGGCCUUGUUCGGGGUCUACGAUAAUGUGGGCAUACUGGGUGGUUUCCAGAUGCACCCGAAGGACCUGAUUGUGGGUCCCAAGUGGCUGCGAGGCUGGCGGGGCAAUGAGCUGCAGAGGUGCAUCCGCAAGAAACAGGUGGUAGGAGAUCGGAUGUUUGCAGACGACUACCACAACCUCAACAAGAGGAUCCGGUACCUGUACAAGCGCUUCAACCGCACCGGCAAGCACCGCUAAGGAGGGACUUUGUGCUAGGCAUGUAGGAUGUGGGUUCGUGGCAUCAUGCUCAAAAUAAAGCCAGCUUUCACACCGCUGGGUUCCUAGUGCUUCCUGCAACCUUUG